AUGUCUGAGGGCGUCGCACAGCUCAAGCAUGAGGUAGUCGUCGCAGGUGCGGCUGCAGGGCUUGUUUCGCGCUUCGUGAUAGCACCCCUCGACGUCAUCAAGAUCCGCCUACAACUUCAGAUCCAUUCGCUCUCCGAACCGACAAGCUACCGCGGCCUCAAUGGCCCGGUGUACAAAGGGACACUGGGUACCCUCAAGCAAAUCUUGCGCGAUGAAGGUGUCACAGGCCUAUGGAAAGGCAACAUACCUGCUGAGCUGCUCUACUUGACGUAUGGCAGCGUGCAAUUUUCUGCAUACACGAACAUUUCGCAAAUGCUGGACACGAUCCCAGCUCCAUAUACACUGCCAAGCUCAGCAAACUCCUUCAUCAGUGGUGCUGGCGCAGGGGCUGCUGCGACGACAGUCACAUAUCCAUUGGAUCUUUUGCGCACGCGCUUCGCUGCGCAGGGCAAGGACCGGGUAUACACGUCCAUCGUGGCCUCAUUAAAGAGCAUCGCGCAACAUGAGGGACCGACCGGCUUCUUCCGUGGGCUUGGCGCCGGCGUGAGCCAGAUUGUACCAUACAUGGGUCUCUUCUUUGCCAGCUACGAGAGCCUAAAGCCUGUCAUGGCCGACUCUCCACUGCCACUACCACUAGGUAGUUCUGAUGCCGUCGCAGGUGUUGUGGCUAGCGUGGUUUCCAAGACAGCCGUAUAUCCCCUCGAUACGACGCGGAAGCGAUUGCAGGUGCAAGGACCGAAUCGGGCGCGAUACGUUCAUCGGAAUAUACCGACCUACAGUGGCGUACUCAUGACCCUUCAGCAUAUUUGGAAGCACGAGGGAAGGCGUGGCAUGUACAGAGGCUUGACGGUCAGUCUGCUCAAAGCAGCUCCUGCGAGCGCGGUCACUAUGUGGACAUACGAAAGAGCAAUGGGAAUUAUGGUAGCCUUCGAGAAGGACGGUAUGGAAUAG